GUAACCUGGCGGAACGCCUCUCUUCCGAGAGUUCCCUGAUACGGGAUGAAACAGUUUCUCAACUGUUUGCUUUCAUUCUGCACCGAUCUGCGGAACGUGGAGAUAUCAUCGGCGCCAAUGUCAUCCACCGUCUGCUGAAGGCAAAGACUAUGUCUAGUCGUGUCUCUUCUGCUCUCGUGGCUUACAUCUCGGCCGUCGAUGCGGAAGAACUUCAAGGGAUCAGUUAUUAUAAGGCGGCAACACCGGAACACACAGCGGUUGUGUGCGCGAUGAUUCCCAAGGUGGAAGUCGUUCGUAACAAAUCGCUGGCCCAACUGGAGAAGAAUCUGCAGGCCGGAAACACCGUGCAGAUGCUUUCCGAGUGCUUCUCGGCGCUCUUGCAAGCCUACUCGGUUGCAGGUGAAGGUGAUGCAGCGUAUACUUGGGCGGAAUCCGCCGACGAGGAGGUGAAGACCAAACUUCAGCGCAUCUUCGAAGCUACUCAGAAGGAAUUACUCGAGUCGGCGCUGGACCUCACUCAAGUGAAUGUUCUUCUGAGGGCUGCCUCGCUAUUCCCUUCCCUGGAUCGGGAGCAGGUUCUGAAACACAUUGCCACUGACCGUAAAAGAAGCGCGUUGACGGAGAAUACGGUGGCCUUGGUCGGUGCUCUGCUUCAGGAUUCGAAUGAUGCGGCCAAGCCAGAAAUGAAGAGGUGGUUCUUGAUGGUGUUUGAUUACCUGACGAGGCGCUUUGCGGAAGAUGCUGUGUUGACCGGCAAAGUGGCCGCGUUUGCGAAAGCACUGGGUGGACUUAUUGCACGGAAGGAGAUCAAACUCGAGAAUAUCAUCCCGAAAUCGACAUUGAACGCAGUUUUGGAGGCAGGCCUGGAAAAGCACAUCAAUGUCCCGGAGGUUGUUUACUUGGCUGUCAACUUGGUCUCGCUGUCGUCGCAAAAGUCACUUAACCUCGCAAAGCUCCUGCAGAUGGUCCUUGGACACACUGACAACCCGCUUGCCCAGCGGGAUACGAUCUAUGAGGCAGAGGAUAUCCACCAUCACGUUGCAUUCCUCAUCUCGAAACUCUUCCUUGCUGGCAAGACUUCACUAUGCAACAUCGGAACGAUGAAUGGUGUCAUGGCGCUGUACCGCGGAACUAACGGCCACAUCGACGGCCUUCUUCUCAUGAUCAUCACUUAUAUCGAGGGUCAUCUGGCGCGCAGUUGUGCUGCGAGUGUAGCAUCUUGGUCGGUUUCGGAGAGCACUGAGAAGCCACUCAUUUCCAACGUUCGCGGCCGGCUGGAAGUCGUGGUCAAUGCCAAGUUGCUUGCGAAGAGCGUCUUCCAUCUCACCCCCGUCACCAGCAGUGCUGAGAUUGAAUCCCUUGAUUCGUACCUCGCGGGCGUUAAGGACAAUACUACACCUCUCGGGAAGGCGUACGAUCCUCGUUUCAUGCUUCCGGCGAUCACAUUUUGCUUGGUGUCUACUGCGCACAUCAUAGACGCCCAAGCAGCCAUUGAAAGGAACUGUGUUGCAUACGCUAUGGCGUGCCUUUCAUCCGAAGAUGCCAACAUCCGAGAAAUGGCUACUCGAUUUCUCAGCUCUGUGGUGUCGAAGCUCGAAGAAUCACCGUAUCGCAACAAGACACAAAUCAGCCACUUGAUCUUGGGACUUCUUGCUUCCUUUUCUUCUCAAGAAGAAGAAACGAAGAAUCAGCCACUCCCAUCAGCCAUGGGAAUCUUCCUCGCGCAAGCUUCUCAAGUCCUCGCCAAUCCUACCCACUUCCUGUACGAGAAGGUGAUGGAGCUCCUCCUCCGCGGUCCCCUGCUGCAGUUACACGACCUCCCACUCAUGCUCAGCACACUCCAAGUCGGCGAGGAGCACCACAAGGAGGUGGCCUGGAUCCUCAACAUCCUAACCGCAGGCCUCAAGACGGAGAAAGACCUGGUACUCUACCGCAAGCGCAAUGUCUUCGGCAACGUGUUGAACCUGUACAUCUCGCCCAACUCUACCGACCACGCAAAGGAGCGGGUCCUAGGAUUGCUAUGGAACGCGGCGGCGAUUGAGGGCGGCGGCACGACACUCAUCACCAGGAACGGCGCUAUCGCUUGGAUCGAGCAGAUGCUGGGCGUGUCGACUGGCGAGGACCUGAUGCUCAAGAGGCUCGCGGCUAGACUGUGGGAGGGCUCGGCAAAAACUCAUGUCAAGGAGUGGAGUCGCGGGAGUUUGAGUGCGCACUUUGUUGGUGAUGGGGCUAGGCUGGGGGCGCAGAUGGAGGUGGAUGUCGAGACUUAGAUGCGGGCUACUUAGCAGUGAUUUCUAUUUGUAAGAUAUAUGUACGGCGAUCCAUGUAACUACCUGCGGCUCGGGAGCAUCAAUGGUAGUCAGGAUGGAGUCUGGUUUUGUAGUUCCUGGUCUCGCUACCGUCGUGCACUGAUACAGAAAUGUGG